ACAUUUCAAUUAUUGUUUUUAAACAAACAGAGCAAGAGUUUGUUGCUCUUGAUGUAGCCACAGAGUUUUGCCUCUGCAUGACCCUCAGGAGAGCUUCCUCAAGUCUGGUAAGGCACAAAUACACUUUGGACUUGUACCGUGUUAUUGGGCAGCUUACAGCAGGGUUCUAAAAAGUUCCUAAAUGGAGAGUAUUUCUGUAGUGUCCAGUGUCCAAAAUGCGCAAGGGACAGAACAGGCAAAGAUAUUUCCAAUACAAAUGGAACAUUUUUGCUUCUGGUAUUCAUCUGCAUCUUUAUUCUUUUACCAAGGAAAUGAACGGACAAAACUGACUUCAUUGUCUGCAGCGUAAAUAGUAGGCAAUAGCAAAAGAGCUGUGAAACAAUAGUGAAUUGUGUUAAGAUAAAAGUUUACAACUUUGUAUAGAAAUCUUAACCCAGAAUAUGGCUACUUAGGCUUUAUGAAGAAUAUCUGUAUUGGAUCUCAAGUGUAUAGAAAUAACACUGUUUGCGUAUUUAUAAGUUAAAUGAGCUAAGAACCAAACAAUAGCCUUUUUCCCCCUCUAUGUCAUGCUUUCAGUUGCGCAUAGUAAACACGGUGUUUGUAUAACUACUUAUUCUGUGGGUCUGUUAGUGAGUGCAUGCCUUCUUUAACCAGUAGGUUUUGCACUUAUUCCUACUUGUUGGGAAGAACAGGCUGCCAGAUGUUCUCAGCCACAGGGCAAAGAAUACUCUAAUGUGUAACUGUGGUGAAUUAUGGGAACAAAUUCUUGGCCUCUGUAGAGUACUCUGGUAACUCCAGUGGUUGGUUUAUCUUCUAGUGUGUUUAUCUUCUACUGCGCUAUACAACAACGCAGGCAAGUGAUAUACUUCAGGGAAUAAAAAUGCUGCAUGCAAAUAUAAACUGCAUGAGGGCUAGCCCAAAGAAGCUUUAGUGCCCUUUGGAAUUUGGAAAGCAAGGGUAAUGCCUUGCUCUUCGCUCUUCACUGUGUCACAUUGCAUAUCUUCCUUUUUGUUGACUCCUUAUGUUUACUUUUCAGCAAUAAAUCAGGAACUGAUCACUGUAUGUCUCUAUUGCUAGUGUGACAGGCACUGGGACAAGAGACAUUCCUGCAAAAGGUAUUCCUUAGUUAGCACUUUUCCAUUAAUCUUAGCCCUGUGUCUCUUGGCACUUUGAUGAGAGCCAGUCCAGUUCACGUGGCGUUCAGCUUGCCUUUGUGCUAAAUCACCUUCUUGAUUCAUUGGCUGCUCAACACCUAACUACAGAAGAAAAGCAGAGUGGAGUAGCCAGCAUCCCUUUCAUCUGAGUUAUGGUCUCUAAAAGGAGACCUGCAUAGGCCAAAAGAGGAAAACCUUAACAUGCAGAGGGCAGCUCUCCCUGGGUCCCCAAAUAACUGUCCAGGGCAUGUUUUGGUGCUUCCAGUCAAGCUGAAAAUACAUGACUCCCUUCUUCAAGGCUCGUUUUAGGAAGGCCUACAUCUCUCUCUGGUUAUCUUUCCGGCAGUUCCUUUCACUCUCCUGUCUUUAUGCAUUCUUCCAUGGAAUUUGUUUGUUAUUUGGAAGAAAAUAGACUUGCCCUUUUGUAAAAGUAACAGGUCAAGAAAGGUGAAAGAAAAUACCUGAUCUCAGGCUUUGUGGAUGUGGGUUUUUAAUAACAGCGAAACUGUUCAGUACCAAAUAGUGUUCCUGGUAGAAAUGCAAGUGAAUGUCAGGAGCAGUCUCCUUCACUUGACAAAGUUAGGGUGAAUGUGUCUGUUUCUAAGACUUGUCACAGUGAAAAGGAGGGAGGCCAAAGGAGAAUAUCUGCUGGUCAUGGGAUGCUUCACUCCAACUGCUCCAGACUUUUCUUCAGGCUGGAGGUGGACAUGGUCAUCUUUUGAUGUAGAAUUACGCUUUAGUUACCAAACAGGCCCCAUAGCCUGCCUAUGGCUUUUCAAUAUAUGUAGCCAUACAUCUAGUCACGAAUAACAAAAGGCCUACUCGUGCCCAAACUGUUACUGUGUUGAAGUUGAGUGUCUGUGUUUCAUGCGGUCUUAAUAUUGUAUAUGUCUGGGGCCUUUGCCACUGUAGACUGCCAUCUCUGAGAAUUUCUUCUAAGAAGAAACAGUUUCCUGGACUGUUUAAUCCUUGUUCUACCAACCUGACUACUGAGAUCAUGGAGAUGAUCUGAUGGCUCAGCAGCAGCAUGUCUCCUUUCAACAAAGAUAUGCUAAAAUACCAGCUGUUGCUAAAGCCAGAGCCCAGGAAUGGACCACAAACAACAGCGGUACAGAAAAAAAGAAGGAAAAACCUCCAGGACAGAAAGAAAAAAAAGAGGAAUCUCAUUCUAAUGAUCAGAGUCCACAAACUCAAGCAUCACCUUCUCCCCAGCCCUCCUCCCAGCCUCUCCAAACACACAGGCAAACUCAAGAAAGCAAGAAUUCUGCUCCAGCUAAAAGCAUAAAGAAAUCCCUGACUGCUGAAAAACCUCACAGUGCUUGGGAGAGCUCAGACGACAGUCGGAACAAGCUGCUGAGAGUAGCAUCAACAUCUAAAUUAAUAUCAAAAGUGGCAAAGAAUGCGGAUAAGCACAAAGAUGUCAUCGUCAGCCAAGCAAAAAUGUCAACUCGUGAAAAAAACAGCCAAGAGGGAGAAUAUAUCAAGAUGUUCAUGCGAGGUCGACCAAUCACAAUGUUCAUUCCUUCAGAUGUAGAAAACUAUGAUGAUAUUAGGACAGAGCUGCCUCCUGAGAAGUUAAAACUGGAGUGGGUAUAUGGGUAUCGUGGAAGAGACUGUCGAGCCAACGUUUACCUCCUCCCUACCGGAGAAAUCGUGUAUUUCAUAGCAUCAGCGGUGGUACUAUUUAACUACGAGGAGAGAACUCAGCGACACUACUUGGGUCACACAGACUGUGUUAAAUGUCUUGCAGUUCAUCCAGACAAAAUUAGAAUUGCAACAGGACAGUUAGCUGGAGUGGAUAAAGAUGGAAGGCCUCUGCAGCCCCAUGUUAGGGUAUGGGACUCGGUGAGCCUGGUGACACUGCAGGUUAUCGGCCUCGGCACCUUUGAGCGUGGAGUGGGGUGUUUGGAUUUUUCCAAAGCGGAUUCUGGUACUCAUCUGUGUGUAAUCGAUGACUCUAAUGAGCACAUGCUCACUGUGUGGGAUUGGCAGAGGAAAUCAAAAAUAGCAGAAAUCAAGACUACAAAUGAAGUUGUUCUUGCUGUAGAAUUCCAUCCAACUGAUGCAAAUACCAUAAUAACAUGUGGCAAAUCUCAUAUAUUUUUCUGGACCUGGAGUGGCAAUUCAUUAUCGAGGAAGCAAGGGAUAUUUGGGAAAUAUGAAAAACCCAAAUUUGUUCAGUGUUUGGCUUUUUUGGGAAAUGGUGAUGUGCUCACUGGAGACUCAGGUGGGAUAAUACUUAUAUGGGGCAAAACUACUGUAGAAUCUACUCCAGGAAAAGGACCUAAAGGAGUAUAUCAGAUAAGCAGACAAAUCAAAGCUCACGAUGGCAGUGUGUUCACACUCUGUCAAAUGAGGAAUGGGAUGCUGCUAACUGGAGGUGGGAAAGACCGGAAGAUCAUCUUGUGGGAUCAUGAUUUGAAUCCCGAAAGGGAAAUUGAGGUUCCUGACCAGUAUGGAACAAUCAGAGCAGUAGCAGAAGGAAAAGCAGAUCAAUUUUUAGUGGGUACUUCACGAAACUUUGUUUUGCGGGGCACAUUUAACGAUGGUUUCCUAGUAGAAGUACAGGGACAUACAGAUGAACUCUGGGGACUGGCAUCCCAUCCUUUCAAAGACCUAUUUUUAACAUGUGCCCAAGAUAGGCAAGUUUGUAUGUGGAAUUCCGUGGACCACACAUUGGAAUGGACCAGGCUGCUAGAUGAACCAGGGCACUGUGCUGACUUCCAUCCCAGCGGAGCAGUGGUCGCGAUAGGAACACACUCGGGCAGGUGGUUUGUUUUGGAUGCGGAAACGAGGGAUCUGGUUUCAAUACACACUGAUGGCAAUGAGCAGCUCUCAGUGAUGCGCUACUCAGUAGAUGGCACCUUACUUGCAGUUGGAUCCCACGACAACUUCAUUUACCUCUACGUAGUAACAGAAAAUGGAAGAAAGUAUAGCAGAUACGGAAAAUGCACUGGACAUUCCAGCUAUAUUACACACCUUGACUGGUCCCCAGACAACAAGUAUAUAAUGUCAAACUCAGGAGACUAUGAAAUACUAUACUGGGACAUUCCAAGUGGCUGCAAGCUAAUCAGGAAUCGUUCUGACUGUAAGGAUAUAGAUUGGACAACAUACACUUGUGUGCUAGGCUUCCAGGUGUUUGGAGUUUGGCCUGAGGGAUCAGAUGGGACAGACAUCAACGCCCUUGUCAGAUCCCAUAAUCGAAAAGUGAUAGCAGUUGCUGAUGAUUUUUGUAAGGUCCAUCUCUUUCAGUAUCCCUGUUCCAAGCCAAAGGCUCCAAGUCACAAAUACAGUGCUCACAGUAGUCAUGUGACAAAUGUCAGCUUCACCCAUAGCGAUUGUCACUUGAUUUCAACUGGAGGGAAAGACAUGAGUAUUAUCCAGUGGAAACUCGUGGAGAAGGUCACUCUACCACAAAAUGACAUUGUCGUAGACACCGGCGCAACCAAAGUGCCCAUCGCUUCCAGUGGCAACGCUGUACAGUCCCCUGCUCCUCUGCCACAGCCUUUCAACGAAAUGAACCAAACCGAAAGCGUAACUGGCAGCUCCCCAGCUUCUUUGGAGAGCAACUUGGAGCAGUCUGCAGAGGCCAGUGAGGAGCAGAGCGAGGAGCAGAGCGAGGGGAGCAGCCUGGAUCCCACUGAGCCGGGCUAUGAGGAGCCCUCCAAUGAGAUGAGCGAGGAGCACAGCGAGUCCACAGUCACUGAAGAGCAGCAGGAUAACUCACCGGUGUCUUAAUGCUCCCAGCUCAGGCAGUUGUGGUUUCCUUUGGUGUGCGUGCUUUCAUUACAGGGUGAGGGUUCAAUUAGGGAGAAGUAGCUGAGAUUCAUGACCACUCCAGCUUUUUGAGUUUCAGUGAGAUUUUUUUAGUCUGAGCUUCAGUUCGAUGUGUAGAACCAUCGCAAGGGACCGGCUUGAUGAUCUGUGUCAGGAUCUGGUCACAGUUAGUAGUGGACAUUACCAUAGAUCCAUUUCAGUUCUGAAAUUGCUGUCAGGAAGUAGCAUGAAAUACAUACUGGAGAAAAAGGUUAGCUCUGAGAAUUAGCUCAAGUAGACCACCUUAACUAUGUGAAAGUGCUUUCUGAAAGAGCUACGUUGCUGAGAAGCACUGACCUGCUUCAGCUGGGGAGCACUGUGAAAAAAAGACAACCAAAAAACUCCUUGUGGGGCUGUUUUCCUUUGGUUUUUCUUCAUGAGAAAAAGAGAGGAAAAGCAAUGUCAUGAUGCCACAUGUAUGGCGAUGCCUUCUUGACCUAACACAUAUGCAAUUUUGUAACACUACUAAUUCCUAGUGGAGUCUGGAUGUGUUGGCAGUUGGUCUGCUCUGGGUGCUGCUAGUUCUAAGGCGAAUCCUGUCGAGGAACAGUGUUGGCUGUUCCAUUUUCAGACUGGUUAAUAACAGACUAACCCAGUGCUGUUGUGUUUCACUUUUCAUGACCUGAAACUGUAGGAUGUAAUUGUCUCUUCAAGGAAUUGCUUGCUUAGAGAGUUUGAAACUUCAAGAGAAUCCUUACAAUGGCUUUGAUGUGAACAGCAGAGGAAGCGGGACAAGAACACACAAGUCAGAUGGGCUCCAGAGUUAAACAUUAAGCCUUCAGGCAGAACUUGCUCCAUCCCUAGUAGGAGAAAUAUAAAUACAGUUAACUUAAAUUAUUAAAUUGGUGCUUAGGAUUAGUGUAUUAAGUUGAUAAUUCUUUCUUCUACAUUUGUAGAGGUAACUAAGAGUCAUUAAACUGCAAUCUCUACUUUUGGUUUUUCCCCAGCCCUGGCUCCGUUAGCAGUUGGGAUAGAAGCACACAGGAAUUUAGAUGAUGAUGUUGAUGUGAUUUUCUCUUUUUUUUUUCCCCCCUAAACUUGCUGAUUUCUUGGUUUUGUGCUAUUGUUUGUUUGUUUCCACCCCCGCCUCCCCGGGUUGCUCUAAGCCAUGCAGCUCUCAUGUGGCUAUACCUGGCCAGUUACGGGAUAUCUUGGCAUUUGUUAUGCAUUUGGAAAGUCCUUUUUUUACCAAGUUUGUCAGAUAGCUACAUUUUUUCCUUAAGUGCAUACGUUUCGUACUUUAAAGAGCUAUAGACUUACUGACAGAUAGCCAUUUCCUAUGUACUUGUUUAUAUUUUGAUUACAUAGAAUUCUCUUCUUUUUUAACUCUCUGCAUUGUGCUGGUAUUUUAGUUCUUAGGUAGAAUAUCAUGUUUAGAAACUUUGGAUGAGUUCAUAAGUCUUAAUUGUGCAAGCGUUUACGUGAUUGUGCCAUUCCAAAGUGCAUCAAAACUGUCAUUCCCUUACUAGUAUCUUCUCAGGAGAAAUGCUACAGAUCAGGUAUUUAGUCAUCAUUUGGAAAGAUAAAAACAAAUGGACUCCCAAAGGACAUUUAGAACAUUUAUGUAUAAAAUAUAUAAAUAUAUAUAUACACACAUAUAUAUAUAUAAAAAAUAUCCUCUUGUUUACAACAGUUCCAGAAAACCUCAAAGUAGCUCCCUUCAGAUGGAGGGAGAUGUGGAUUCCAAGCAACCCAUCUGUUCAAACUGUGCUCUGUACAUAGAGAGUUGUAUUGGAGAGCUCGAGUUUGCCUGACGUGCAGGUUUGCCAAAUAGCAGCAAUUCAAGAGAAAGGUCAACUCAACGGAGUUCUUGGUUCCAAAUGAGGAAUAUGCUGUAGGUUUAGGAAAUAAUCUUCGUAAAUGAGGAAGGGUUGUAGAGCUGAGGAGGCACAGAGCUCUCUCUGUCGGUUUAAUGAACGCCACAUAAAGCAACACAUUUCUUUUGGAACAUCUGUCACUUGGGGUUGCCAUGUAAAGUGAGAGUUAUAGUUGUGAUACUCGUGUUUGUAGUUCAGAAGACUCUACUAAUAUGCAAAAAGCCUUACAGUUUUCAAUUGCUGGCAACUACUGUUUAACAAAUAAUGAAAUCUGUGAUAAUGGAUGGAAAUGGGUGGGAUUAUGUAACUGUAGAUGUUCUAGAGAACUAAUUGUGAAUGAAUUCUGAUUUCGAGUGUUUCAUGUGAAGAUGUUUGAGCCAUUUCUAUCUAUCAUGCAUUCCUGUCUCAAGGCAGAAAGUUUUGAAGAUUAAAUAAUAAAAUAAUCAAAAUGAUACAUUG